UCUCCCUCCACGAAGAUGUCCCAGUCAUCUCCAGCUGAUGAGGGCACCACGUUUGAGCACCUCUGGAGCACUCUGGAGCCAGACAGCACCUACUUCGACCUCCCUCCAUCCGGCCACGCAGGCAGCAACGAGGUGUCCAACCGCACAGAGGUCACCAUGGACGUUUUCCAGCUGAGGAGCAUGAACGACUCGGUCAUGUCCCAGUUCAAUUUGCUGAACAACAGCAUGGAUCAGAGCAUCGGCAGCAGAGCAGCCUCCACCAGCCCCUACAGCUCCGAGCACACCUCCAAUGUCCCAACGCAUUCUCCCUACUCGCAGCCCAGCUCUACCUUCGACGCCAUGUCCCCAGCUCCUGUCAUCCCCUCCAACACUGACUACCCCGGUCCCCACCACUUUGAGGUGACCUUCCAGCAAUCCAGCACCGCCAAGUCAGCCACCUGGACAUACUCCCCCCUGCUGAAGAAGCUCUACUGUCAGAUUGCAAAGACAUGUCCCAUCCAGAUCAAGGUGUCCAGCCCUCCACCCCCAGGCACCAUCAUCCGGGCCAUGCCAGUCUACAAGAAGGCAGAGCACGUCACCGAGGUGGUGAAGCGCUGCCCCAACCACGAGCUCGGCCGCGACUUCAACGACGGGCAGUCUGCCCCAGCCAGCCACCUCAUCCGGGUGGAAGGAAACAACCUCUCCCAGUACGUGGAUGACCCGGUGACAGGAAGGCAGAGCGUGAUGGUGCCCUACGAGCCCCCGCAGGUGGGGACCGAGUUCACCACCAUCCUGUACAACUUCAUGUGCAACAGCAGCUGCGUGGGAGGAAUGAACAGGAGGCCCAUCCUCAUCAUUAUCACCCUGGAGACAAGAGAUGGCCAGGUCCUAGGAAGGAGAUCAUUCGAGGGCCGGAUCUGUGCCUGUCCCGGCAGGGACCGGAAAGCUGAUGAAGAUCAUUACCGGGAGCAACAGGCUCUGAACGAGAGCGCAGCUAAAAACAGCAACGGCAACAAGCGCACCUUCAAGCAGAGCCCGCAGGGCAUCCCAGCGCUGGGCACCGGGGUUAAGAAGCGGAGGCACGGGGAGGAGGAGCUGUACUAUGUGCCGGUGCGAGGCCGGGAGAACUUUGAGAUCCUGAUGAAGAUAAAGGAGAGCCUGGAGCUGGUGGAGCUGGUCCCGCAGCAGCUGGUUGACUCCUACCGGCAGCAGCAGCAGCAGCUCCUGCAGAGGCAGAGCCAGCUGCAAACACCGUCCUCCUACGGCCCUGUCCUGUCCCCCAUGAAUAAAGUCCACGGUGGAGGAAUCAACAAGCUGCCUUCUGUCAACCAGCUGGUGGGGCAGCCAGCACAGCACAGCUCCAGCACCACCCCCGGCCUGGGGGCCAUGGGAGCUGGCAUGCUGAACAGCCACCCCAUGCAGCCCAACGGAGAAAUGAACGGGGGCCACUCCUCCCAGUCCAUGGUCUCGGGAUCACACUGCACCCCCCCACCACCCUACAACCCUGAUCCCAGCCUCGUCAGUUUUUUAACAGGCUUGGGGUGUCCAAACUGCAUCGACUAUUUCACUUCACAAGGGUUACAGAAUAUUUACCACCUGCAGAACCUAUCCAUAGAGGAUCUCGGAGCACUGAAGAUCCCGGAGCAGUACAGGAUGACCAUCUGGCGGGGUCUGCAGGAGCUGAAGCAGAGCCACGACUACGGGGCGCAGCAGCUGCUCCGCUCCAGCAGCAACGCCUCCACCAUCUCCAUCGGCAGCUCGGGGGAGCUGCAGCGGCAGCGGGUGAUGGAGGCCGUGCAUUUCCGCGUCCGACACACCAUCACCAUCCCCAACCGCGCCGACGAGUGGGCGGACUUCGGCUUCGACCUCCCGGACUGCAAAUCCCGCAAACAGUCCAUAAAAGAGGAAUUCACGGAGGGGGAGAUCAACUGAGGGGCCUCCAGCCGGCAGCAGCGAGAGACCAAACCCUCUGGGAAAACAGAUUUUCAGCCUCGAGCCUGCAGGAAAGUGUCGUUUUGUUGUCCGGAGGGGAACUGCGAGCCUGGGGGAAGCAGCGCUGAGCCUGCGGGAGCGGAGAGCGCGGCCUCGGCAGAGGAAGAGGAAGAGGAGGGCGGCGGAGCCCGGGACGCGGGUUUUCUGCCUGCCCGGGAGCUCCAGCGUGUCCGGCCCGAGGAGCCUCCGGCAGCGGCGGCACCGACAGAGCAAGUUUUUCUCCUAGCGAGAACAACCCUCAUUCCUGCAUCCUCCGAGGUGCCCAAGCCCGGCAGGUCUUUAUCACUGUAAUUUAAGGACCUUCCCCCGCGCCGUGUUGUCUGUGCAGACGGUGACAGUUGGUCUGUGCCGGUGACUGGUGCACAGCACCACAACCUGCUUUCCUGACGGACUGCCAGCCAGAACCCCUGUCCUUCAGUUCUUCCUAGAGCAGAAAAGAACCUGUUUGUCAGUUCCUGAUGUGUUCAUGUACUUAAGUAUUUGUGUAUAUAAACAGAACCAAAUGUACAUACAGUGUACUCCUCAUCGUGCUGUAAGGAGCAAAAAAGAUUUAUUUUCAUGUAAGCUAUAAAAAUUGAUACUUAGUCCUGAGACACUGUAGUGUCAAGUAAAUUAAUUUCAUGUCCCAGCAUGUAAACAUGCAGAAAA